AUGUCAAUGAUAUGGGAGCGUUCACCGACACCUGAAGAAUCCUGGAGCGACGUUUCAGGUGGGAAUGACAAUUGCGAAUGGCCAAUUAAAGGUAUCGUUGGGGAAGAGAUUCGUCUUGACGGCACCCCAAGAUACGAAGUUAGAUGGGGCAACUGGUCUCGAGCAGAUGGGUCAAACACGACAUGGCAAAGUGACAUUCCUGAUCGGCCCGACCUAGUCAACCGCUGGAAACGCAUGCAAAGCAGGAAACGUGCUGCUCUUGCAGAGAACGACCUUGAUAUGGACGUUCGAUGGAAAGAUGACACCAUUCACCAACGUCUAACUCACCAACGUUCACAAGGAUAUGAGGAAAAGAAGCAACGUCGCUUCUCUGAUUUAUCAACUGCGAACUGGGAUGAAGAAGUUGAGAACGCAUACAAGCGACUUCAGGAACGCAGUGUAGAGGACAGUGGACCCCAACUCAGAGUAAGGAGAAAUACUAAUGUUGCAUCGCAACCUUCUCAAAGACGUGGGAGGACGUCAUCUCCUGCGCAGCUCAUUCUUACGCGUGAUAUUCCUUCCCAAUUGUCGUCUUCAGUUAGCAGUCCAAGGAGAGGCCGUCCACGGCUCGAUAUCUCAAUCCCUCUGUCGCCGCAAUCUGGUACAUCGAAUAGUACAGCGGCACACUUGCAGUUGCCUUCCACAACCUCAAGUUCUUCUGAAUCACGUGUCGUAUACUCUAUCCAAACGCUCCGUUCUCGCUUGGAGCGUGCGUGGACCAGAGCCGCGAGGGAUGUCAUGGCGGUUGAGGUCAGGAUUGAUAGGAGCAUUGCUGACGAAAACAUUCCUCGUGAUCUAAGCAAGUUCAAGUACAUUGAAAGGGGCUAUUUGUUCGAUGAUGGUCUCCAACAGGUGUUCGACGUUCCUCGUGAUGUCUUUACUAUCUGUGAUUGCUCUCAGUGUCUGGAUGCCUCUCGUUGCUCCUGCCAAGCGAUCUCUGAGAUACUGGACUCGCUGCAGAGGAAAACUUACGCCUAUACCAAGGGCCUAUUCACCUUCAACGUGCCACAAGGCACAGAAGUCAUCGAAUGUAACAAGUUUUGCGGCUGUGGCCCUCGCUGUCAAAAUCGAGUCGCUCAACAGCCCCGAGACGUCGAAAUAGAGAUCUUCGACACAAAGCGGUGUGGCUGGGGCGCGCGAACAUUGGAAAACGUUCCGAAAGGGAAGGUUGUUGGGACCUAUACAGGGAAAGUCAUACGACGAGAGGACGUCGACGCAAUUCCGGAAGAGCAUUACGGCUACCUCUUUGACUUAGACGGCACUGAAAUCAAGAACGAGGAAAAUCUUGGAAACAGGUACACGGUUGAUUCGUAUUCUUGUGGCAACUGGACCCGGUUCGUAAACCAUUCCUGUAAUCCGAACAUGGUCGUAUAUUCCGUCGUAUACGAUACGAUUCCAGACGUCAACAUGCCAUAUGUGGCUUUCGUUGCUCGCCAGGAUAUCGCGGCAGGUACGGAACUGACGAUCAACUAUCAACCCUACCUGGAUGAAGAUUUCGAUAUUAAAAUCAAGCAUGAUGCGGAACGCUGCGAGUGUGGAACGGCGCAGUGCCGAGGAUGGUACAGAAUAUAG